UGUGCCCGAGAAUGAGCCCUCAUGGGAGAUCUUGAUGGACCUAAAAGAAAUAGUUGAGUUGGUUGUAGCAGCAGACUUCUCUGAUGCAGCUUUGACUUUCCUGGAGAGAAAGAUUGAUGACCACAGAGUGUUACUUAGAGAGACCUUUCCAACCACGAGAUUGAGACCAAAACAUCAUUUUGUGGAACAUUAUCCCCACUUGAUGAGAUGUUUUGGUUCAUUGACUGAGCUGUGGACCAUGAGAUUUGAGGCCAAACACAGCUUUUUCAAAAGAGUUGUGCAUGAUGUCCACAACUUCAAAAAUAUUUUGGUCACUCUGGGAACCCAACAUCAGUUAUUGAUGGCCCACUACCUAAGUGGUCCUACCCUCUUUCCACCAUCAUUGUCAGUGCAGAAAAUCAAAACGGUUAAUGUGAAUGUUUUGGAAGUGUCACAAAUGAAUGCUGUUCACAAGAAGUAUCCUCAAAUUCAGCUUUUGUCUCUUGCCUCCAAUGUACAUGUUUACGGAACUCUUUACAAGGAUGGCAUGAUCUUGUCUGCUGGGCAAUGCAGUGGCCUACCAGACUUUUUCAGAAUCAUCAGUAUUCUUGUUCAUUCUUCAGCCAAGGUGUCUUUCUUGUGCAGAAAACUCAUGUCAUGGUACAUUGAACAUUCCAGAUGCUAUGAAGUAUUUGAAACAACUGACAUUGAAAUUCUUGAGGAAGAAGAUCUUAAUGAUAUCCAUCCUCUUACGUCUUAUGUUAUUCAGGGAAAAGCUGUUGUCUCCCUGAAGAAGUUCCUCCUCCACCUUUAAGAUCAUGCUGUUUCGUGUCAUUGUGUCACCAGACAACAUCAGAAGGGUGGAUAUUUCAGAGAGCCUGUGUUCAGUAGAACAUUUAAAGAACAUUCUUCAAGAACGCCUUGAACUUGCAGGUGAUAUUUUGAUUCAGUUUGAGGAUCCUGAUUUUGGGAAUGAACUGUGCAAUUUAACAGACAUUAAAGAACUUCCUAAAGACAAAGCAGUACUGAAGAUUCUGUAUCAAGGAGCAAUCCAACAAAGAGAUGAAUCUGCAUCCUCAAUUUCUUCCACGCCAUCUUUAAAUGACUUGCUUCCAUCAACCAGCACAAGUCGGAGUUCAACCCUACAUCUUACACAGCGAGACAGUGCAGGCAAAUGGCCAUCUCCCUUCCCUGUCCCAGAGUUUUCCUAUGAUGUAGAACUGAGGCUUGCAAAGGGGAAUGAGUUGUUCAGUGAAAACAAAGAAUUUCUGACCAUACCAAGAGAAAUGAAAAUGGACAUCCUGGACAAAUUAGCUCAGACUAUAUUUUCCUACAAGGCAUACCCAAAUAAUCAGGAAAUGGAAGCAGUUGCUGCUGCACUGAUUGAGAAGUAUCCAUGCCUCAAAGACCCAGGUUUGGGAACAGGAUAUCAAGGAUGGCUCAUGAGUAUCAAAUAUAAGCUUGGCAACUAUCGUCAAAAGUUGCGGAUGGCAGGCUGCAGUGAGGUCUGUAUAAACAAGAAGGAUGCAGGCAAUUCCAAAAAGCGCAUUAAGAAAGCAAAAAAAUGUGAGGUGAACUUUCUCCCUGACAGUCCACCUGGCAUUAGUACUGACUCUCUGGAAAGGGACAGAAAGACUUUGGAUGAGGAGACCAAAAAAAGAAUGCCUAACAAGGCUUUAAUCGACUCUGGAAUGGAAAAUACUUUUGCCAUGAGGAGGAAGGAAAUAGUGGGAAAACAACCCUUCGUCUCUGAUGUGAUGAAUCGAUGGCCUGCGCUGUUCUUUGAAGAACAGGUUUGCAUUUUCCAAUGUGUUGUAUUUGAUAUUUUGAAGGAGCACUAUGUAAGAAUUCUACUGUCAAAUAAUCACAAAACAGUCUAG